UGCAAACUUAAAAAAAAAAAAAAAGAAAAUCGUGUUGACCCUAAGUUCUUCUUGUUUUCCAAAUGUCCCAAUUGAUUUUCAUCACUUUAAUGUUUUAAUUUUAGGCCCGAUGAAAGUGAAAGAGGAAAGACAAGAUCUGAAUGAAGUGGAGGAGAAGCAUCAGCAUCAGGAUCAGAAAGCGCAUGAUGUCACUGGAGAAAAAUUUGUGAGUUGCUCCAAAACUGAAAACAGUUGCUCGCAACGCAACAUUCAAAGAAAAGAGGUCAAAAGGCCUUUCAGCUGCUCUCAGUGUGGAAACGCAUUCACUCGUAAAAAAUACCUUAAGAAUCACAUGAGAAUUCAUAAGAGAGUAAAGACUUUCACCUGCUCUGAGUGUGGAAACACUUUCAGCCAUAGAGGAAGCCUUUGGAAUCACAUGAAAAUUCAUACUGAAAUGAAACCUUUCAUCUGCUCCCAGUGUGGAAAGAGUUUCAAACAGAAAAGAAACCUUGACGAACACAUGAUAAAUGUUCAUACUGGAAAAAGGCCUUUCACCUGCUCUGAGUGUGGAAAUACUUUCAAACGCAAAAGAAGCCUUCAGAAUCACAUGCUAAACCAUACGGGAAAAAAAUCUUUCAUCUGCUCUCAGUGUGGAAGCAUGUUCAGCCAUAAUGGAAGCCUUUGGAAUCACAUGAAAAUUCAUACUGGAAUAAAGUCUUUCAGCUGCUCUCAGUGUGGAAAGAGUUUUACACAGAAAAAACUACUCAAUGAGCAUGUUCUUAUUCACACCUCAGCAAAGCGUUUCACCUGCUCUCAGUGUGGAAACACUUUUACACGUAAAGAAACCCUUAAGAAUCACAUGCUUAAUCAUGCUGGAAUAAAGCCUUUCAUCUGCUCUCAGUGUGGAAAGAGUUUUACACAGGAAAAACAACACAAUUGGCAUGUGCUGCUUCACACAUCAGUAAAGCCUUUCACCUGCUCUCAGUGUGGAAACACUUUCACACGUAAACAAACCCUUAAGAAUCACAUGUUAAAUCAUGCUGGAAUGAAGCCUUUUACCUGCUCUCAGUGUGGAAACACUUUCACACGUAAAGAAACCCUUAAGUAUCACAUGUUAAAUCAUGCUGGAAUAAAGCCUUUCAGCUGCUCUCAGUGUGGAAAGAGUUUCACACAAAAAAAACAACUUAAUGUGCAUGUGCGCAUUCACACUUCAGAAAAGUCUUUCACCUGUCCUUAGUGUGGAAAUGCUUUCACGUGUAAAAGAAGCCUUGAGAUAGAGUUGGUCCUAUGGCUGACAGACAUCAUGAUGUUGAGCUGGCAUAGUGAUUCCUCCCCCCACCCCAUCUCCCACAAUCCACCGCAUCCCAAUACAGUGUUCGGAAAGGAAAUGCUAUGGAAAUGCUAUACUAUGGAACCGCUAAAGGGAAUAAAUAUGAGAUGGGAGGAAAACUUUUUUUUUUCAAUACUUUCUCUUGCCGUUAUAUCAUUGAGUAAUUAUACUGUAUAUAAAUUGUGGGCAUCAGGGAGCAGUUAUUAAAAUGCGGGGCAUUGAAAUGGCUUUUGAAUGCGUGCUUGCUUUUUACUUUCACUUUCGAGAUUCGCGAUCACAUAUGCUCUGUGUAUGCUACGGAGCAGCAGUAUUUACUACACAUUUUACAAGAUUAGAUGUU